AUGGCGCAAAGGAUCGAUGAUGCCAUGGUGGAUGUCAUCAACAAGAUGAACGACAUCACUGAGCACCUUCGGGCUCACGAGUUCGUGGAGUCCGCAAAUAGAAUCGCACGAAACGUCCAUGAAGUUAUCAACAUCUUCACCAACGCGGUGAUCAAGUUUAACGAUGACCAGAUGAUCAUGCAUCAGGCUAAUCAGGUCGCACCGCGGGCCGAGCCGUCAGCUCCUAAACAGGUAGCUAACAAGAAUGGCCAGAGCUUGAUGUUAUACUCCGACGUCGCGCGUCAAGCUCCAGGCGCAAUGUCUGGCUCGAGCUCUGCCCAGGCCACCUCCUCGGGGACCGUUAAGGCCGUUGUAGGUGCACUUGGGCUCACCGCGACUAUUCCUUCUCAGAUCAAUCCCGUUGUUCCGGUUGGCCACCCGCCGAUCUUGGACGUGGCCGAGGAGAAGGCGGCAAUGCUGACUAUCAGCGGUGUCUUCGGGCCUCAUUCGCUCAAUUUCCUGACCUCGAAGAUCCGCGAGGGACCGCUCUUCAGCGUGGAGAUCAAUUACGCCCAGAACUUCGCUGAAAUCACUUUCCAGAAAUCAGCUCACGCGGUAGCUUUUCUGGGACAGGAGCGAAGCAAACGUGCAAGAACUGGAUCGGGUUUGUUCGGUGGCUCUUAUAAGAUCGUCUCUGCGGCAGAAUUCGCCUGGGACAAGGAGAUUCGCAAGAUGGAGGCCAAGCCUCGUGAGCGGCGCAGAUUGACAUUCGCUCGUGGAGGUCUCCUUGGGGGGAACUUGACCGUGAAGAAGAUCCUGAACGACAUGGGACAGCUAGUUGGAGCCGAAGCAAUCGAGUUUGUCUGGGCUUUCAAUACCGGAAAUGUGACCGCCGUCUUCAAGAGCGUUGCCACGGCACGCACUGUUCGCGACCAUUUCCUCGAUCUUGCCAUCCACAAAUCCAACCCGUACUAUGACGUUCAGGUCACAUUCUCGACGGAUCCGUGCGAGAAACAGCUGAACCUCGAAUCUCAAAUCGGUGUGCCGCAGCAUCGUCGCAACCGGGGACGGAGAGCCGGGGCAUAA